AAAAUUGAAUUAGUUAGUUUGUUUAUGAAAUUCUGUGUUAUUUUCCCUUGUGAAGGACUGGUGAGAUCUCCCAUAACAUCGACGUUGCCACAGAUAAGUUCAAGGUUGUUCCUGACUUGGGGCAUUUUAUGGAGUUUUCCUGAGACUCAGUCUCAUGUGCUUGUUACCUCCCUACUGAUCAGCUGGUCCAUCGNAGAGAUCAUUCGGUAUUCUUUCUUUGGUGUCAAAGAGACUUUUGGAUUUACUCCAUCAUGGCUUUUGUGGCUUAGAUACAGCAGCUUCCUGGUUUUGUAUCUAACAGGCAUAAGCAGUGAAGUUGGUCUAAUAUACAUCGCCUUACCGUUCAUCAAGGUAAAUAAUUUGGUUGCCAAAUGUCCACUUUAGAAUCAUUAGAUCUAAAGCUGCAAGAUGUGUGUUGUCUUUGUUAAUUAGCAACAUGUUCAUAAAUCAUUUAACGAAGAACAAAUCUUCUAAGAGAAUGGAAUAGAUGAAGUUCAAAGCACUGUCGGUUAAUAUUUGGAAACCUAGACAUCUGUAAUUUCGUAGCAUUACUAGAAUGGUAAAAUGGAAAUGGAGGAGAAUAGUCUAUUACUUAUGAUAUAAU